GCAGGCGAUAGCGAGCUAAGCAGCUGAUAAAGCAGCAGAGACAAGCUACUCGUGUUAUCAAAACGUGCAUUCGAACCUAGAGAACCGAGCUGGCAGUUACGUAACGUUAACAAGAGAGUUAACGUAAACAACUUCCGUCACUUGAAACGUACAAGAAGUUAUCAAAGGAACUUUUCAAACGCUGAACUAGUACGUGAGGACACUUGUGACAGUGUCUUGCCACGACGACGUCGAACAGGUGCUUUGUUCAGGGACAGUUUCCCGUUGACCGUACUGGCAAAAAAGCUCAAGACGCCUAACAACGGAGUGCAGCGGAGAGUGCCCCCGCGGGAACGACAAAACAAGUUGUGCAAAAGUGUAAACAACAUUGAUUCGAUUUUGUUGCUAUAGUUUGUUAACACGUUGGGCGCGUAUUAACGAACUACGGUUGUCUCCUGUUACAAUCAAGUUAAGAGUCCAACGGGAAACCCAUCGGCAGCGACGAUGGGGAGUACACAAUUCGCGCCAUGGGCGCGUCAACCCGGCCUUGCUCUAAUCAUACUGAUGCUGAGCCUCAUCAAUAUGACGAGUGCAGACCCCACCGCUGAGCAGUACAGAGAUACGAUAAUGCGGGGCGAUUUUGGCCGUUCGGAUUUGUUGACUCUGCUACGUACUGUACCAAGGAAGCGGUUUACGGAGGACGGGGCUGAUCGUAAUGCUACUCCUUCGUCUUCGCACACGCGGCACAUAGCCAGUAGAGAAACAAAGCGUGAACGACCCAGCGUCAGCCCACCCUACUGGUAUCCGUACCAAAACGGUGAAGACCUUAAAAUCGUGCUCGCCGAACAGCAACAACAACAACAACAACAACAAAGACGACAACAACAGCAACAGCAGCAGCAGCAGCAGCAGCAACAACCCGAUGGCCUGCGGCAGGCGAACCUCUACCCAACUUGUGAAGGUCCAUCUGACGCAACGCAGUGGCAGCCAAACGGGAAACACGCUUUUCAAUUCUUCUUUCCACAAAUAGCUAAAAUGCGAUCGAGCGAUCAAGUGUUAAUGCCAAGAUCAACCACACUCUACCUUCGUCUCAAGGGUCCUGGCGGUUGGCGUCUGCAGAAAUCGAGUACGCCAAGCUUACCCCAGACGGGAGCGACACCUAACGACGUUGACACGGAAAAUAUUUCCCUUAACACCGAUAGCACAGCGCAAACCUACGUGAUCAUUAACGUCACUGAACCCGGAUGCCGUUCAGUCCUUUGCCAUAAAAGCAUCCCCGUAGAUCUAAGCUCCUCUUACCCUUACGCGAAGCUCAAUUUGCGACUCUUCGGCCUCAGGUGGUUCACAACAACUGACACAGAGGCACAGCGCAUUGAGGUAACUGCGACGGAUCCUCAAACGAAAGAACCCUUGGAUAUAGGCGAUCUGUUCGUUGGCAUGCGAUGCGGAACUUCUGAACCGAGGUUGAGUCUUCCAGGUUACCUCACCAACAACCCGUCCAGGUUGGAAUACCUCGAGGGAUUAGCUGACAGCUUUCUCAGUGUCGACUACAGUGUUCGCAGCGCCUUCAGUUCCAGCACCGAUCGAGCAACUAUCUCGCACACUGGUCUGAAUCUUCACGAUCUGAACCAGCGAUUCCAGCCAUCUGUACGACGAGCAAGACUGGCACCUGGUCAGCCUCGCCUUCAUCAUCAUCAUCGAAGUUACUUCGGACGUCCUGGCAGUGGCCAUCACAGAGACCGAAUUGCGGACUGGCCAUUGACGUAUACUGGAACAUCAAAGGGCGGCGAUAUCACUGUUGACCUAACACCCACGUCAGUUCCUGAACUCCGAGAAUCGUGGUUGCGCUGCGACAAACAACGAGAAUUUUUGACAUUUGCGGCUGCUGGGAUGCCAACGGUCGUCGAGCCGUUAGGGUUCAUGUUUGUAUCUUGCAAGUGCACGAGGGUUUGUGCGGACGCCAGCAGUUCGUGUCUGCCAUGCGAAACUCGGGUACUCGCCAGUCAAACGUUAACUGUUAAGGAACUCGUCGACGGUGAAAUGGUCACACGCCAGCGAACGAUUCCAACCGAUUGCGGGUGCUACUAGAAUCCAAAAACUCCAAAAGGGUUUCAGCUGGACAGAAAUUAUGAAUCUGUGUAUCUACUAUGGCGACCAAUCUUCCUAUGUUCCAAGGAUUGCGGCUAGUCAGAAUCACUCGAUUACAUCGGUCAGAUCAUUGUAUCUAAAUGAUUAGCGUCUUCCACAGCCGUAGGAGAAAGCAACCACAAAAUCGUGUCCCAGUAAACGUCAAUAUUGUGGAUGUGUACUUAGCAGCGGCUUAGUUCGAUAGACGAACCCGUCACGGCAUUAGCGAUUGACGCUCGAUCUAACUAGCAGUUUGAUUGAUCCUGCGGCAAGGAGCUCACUAAGUCCGGUUGAAGCUUAGCGUUUGAAACUUAUGAAGAUGAUUCGAGUGCAACCAUGCUCUACAGACACACGAAGCAUUCCCUUCCGCUUUAUAUUGUCAUUUCGACUUGACCUGCAGUUCAAUACACCCUGCAGGCCAACAAUACACCCUACGGACCAUGCACACACAAGAACUGAAGUGUCGAAACAAAUGAAGCCAUAUGACCUCAUCCCGCCAUAUGAACGCAUUACAACUAUUACAUCAUUGUAUCAUAGACGUUGCUGCCUAGUCAAUCUUUUGAGAAUCCGCAAUCGAGACAAACUCUUUUUUGUUAUCCUUGCUGACGAUCAAAUAGAGACUCGCGGUACGUUUAAGGGUCACUUGUUAAGUCCCAUUGCUCAAUUGCACCUCAACCUUGUUUGAACAUCUACAUCACUCAGUAUUUCUAGCGUAACGUGCAUUAUUGUAUCUUGUCAGUCGUAAUAUGUACCUACAUCAGUGGAUAAAGAGAAAAUCGUAGAUACGCUAUAGUAUCAAGUGUGGUACCGAAACCUCAAUUUUGAAACACCCUUACCUCGAAAUACGGACUGAGUGCCGUUCAGUGAGAUGGAGGUACUAUCAACCACACACAUACAUUACGUGUGUCACGCAGGUGGUAUAGCAUUCCAUUUCACUAUUACCAUAGUUACUAUUAUUUACUUAGUUGGCAAAGUAGAUUAAUUCAAAGCCAUGUUAUCAAUCCUGUCAAAUAGCUUCGAAUCGAAUAGAUGUAGCAGGCGUAUAUGCUACUACACAAAAAGUCCUGUUUGGCGUGCUGGGCUCAGCGUCGUGUUCCUAUAUUAAAGAAAGAUCAUUGCCCACGUCCAAGGCGCGUUUCCUCUGUGUUUUCCCUGUCAUCGUUCAUGUUAUAUAUUCACAUGCGCCCUGGGCAAAUAUAUUUGAUAAUAGCAGACAGUUGGGGGCCAGAAACUAGAUGUGGAGAUCAAUUAUACAACGAUCAAACAACCGUCCCUAAUCAGAGUUUUCUCGAGUACCCGAAUAUGCCAUGUCCUGUGCCACCCCCUGUAUAAGCUGCACUGUGUGUCUUGUCUCCUCUUUUGCUUGCAAUCCUUAAAUAUUUCUCUAAAAGCAGGGUAUUUCAAAGCUUAUCGGCAGCACACACUCUUGUAGUAGUGCUUCCGCUAUUAUAUAACUUAUAGUACGUGAACAUUCAACAGGGUCCAAUAUUGUGCGACUUAUUGAUGCACCGCAAUGACAGUUUGAGCAUCCGUACCACUCAAUCGAAUCGUUAGAUUAGACUACUUUGAAGAGGUGUUAACUUACUUUGCUGACAGGCUCAGUUCAAUAUCUGGGCUACUGAAGUUCUGCUUUGGACAAAAUUUGUUAUUUUGUUUUUUUUUUAUAUAUAUAUAUAUAUACUUUAUAAACCCCUGUAUCAUGGUUUUAGUGCAGGCGCACGAAAUUAUCAUGGACGUACAGAGUUCAUUAAAUUGGGGUUCUAUUAUAAAAAAGAUGCCUUCAUCUACGAGAUCUGUUUCUUCGUUUUAAUCUCAUUAACUGAGAUGUCGUGCAAUCUUCAUAUAUAUCAGCUUCCUGUUUUGUUGCUUCGGGCGCCUCGUGCAUCUAUUGCGCGAAUUACCGUCUCAGAAGAUAGUCGUUGACUUGAAGUUGUUCAACCUUUUAUCAUAAACCGAUGAAAUCAAAUUUGCACAUAUCCUUUAUUACAAUCAUGGCUGAAGUGGACGGAAGAGCUGCCCCUGGUUACAUUGCGUGAUUGUUCCGUAUUCUGAUCGCAAGAUAUAUUUUUUUCGUUUGAGUCUCCCUAACCAAUGAGAUUCGACUUGUAGUACUUAACUAUCUACCAUCAUACGCCUUUCCCGAGCUGAUCCAUCCAUCGAGCUGCGUUGUGUUAACGUAGUGUAUAUUAUUUUUGUUAAGCAUCAUCUACUAAACAGACGAUCGUAAGUAUCUGAAAGGCGUCGAACAGCUAAAAGCAGACAGGCAGUUCAUGGUCUUCGAGAAGAACUCGUCUUUUUCGUGUUUGUUAGUGCCUGUAUACUGUUCUCGAUGUAUCUUGGUUUUAUCAAACAUUGAUUCGUGAGCAUUUACGAUAAAGCCGCGUUUUUCUUUUCAUCUAGCCCACGCGUCAGCUUACCUCCGCCAUUCAAAGAUCUCCGAUGGUCGUAGCAUAUGGAAUACGAAGUAGCAGCAAAAAAUGAAGAGAAAGACUGGCGGACAACGAGAUUAAAUUGAAAAACCAAAAAAGUCAAUAGCAAAAAAUUAUCUAUAUGGAUAGAAGAUGCGACAGGGCUGUAGAGGAGGCCGUACAUUUCGUAAGUUUACGCAAAACUAAAACGGGAACGUGCAACCUAUUCGUCAUACAACUGCCUCGUUUCCGAGUCAAUUAUC